AUGUCUGAAGACGAAGACGACUAUCUCUCUGACAAGUUCCUUGUUGAGUCGACCACUUCCACCUUGUCUUCGUCUGCAAGGACAUACACCGAACGUCGCAAAGAAGCAUUAAGGUUUUCUGCCAUCAAGAAUGAACAGAACCGCAAGAAGAGUCAGCGUCAGCUCGAGCAAGAGGCCCUCGAGGAGGGACUGAACAGAAGUCUCUUCGAGCGAGCCAAAGAUGAGGGUGAGGGCUCUAAGAAGGCCCUGGCUAUGAUGAUGAGGAUGGGCUUCAAGCCUGGGCAGUCUUUGGGACAAACGGAGGUGACCACGCUCGAUACGAGUCGUUCUCCGUCUGAAGACCUCGCCACGCCUCAGAACCAGGGGAAGGACAAAGAGGACACCCCGGGUCCUUCGGGACACAGAGUCAACCCUUUACCUAUCAAUGAGUGGACCGGUAAAAAGGGAAUUGGGCUGGGAAAGCGUGCGGCUUCGCCCAGCGCGUCCGAACGUCUCGCGAAGAUGGCCAAGAUGGCCGAACAGUCCGAGCACGUCGACUUCCGCGACCGUGCGCGUAUGGAAUAUCAAGAACGCCGUGCCGAGAAGCAGCUGGGCCCCGCUCAGCGUACGUGCGCGAAUUUGGACGAAAAGGCCGGACGAGAGUUUAACGUUCUGUGGCUGAAUCCCAUGAAUCCUGAUACCUUCCCGGAGAGCCUCCUAGAUGAACUAGACGAUCCGGAGCUGAUCACAUCACUGCGAAAGCUGCAACCCGAUCACAGUCUGGAGGGACGACUGCGGGCGCGCAUGCAAGCGGAUGCGCUGCAACCGGUUGCGAACCUCGAAGAUGAUGACGAGACGUCUUCGCCCGUACAGGACGAGAAGCCCAGGAAGACGCCGUAUUCUGAGGAGGAUAUCAAAGAGGCCGUCCAGUUCUUGCGGCUCUCGGCGCAGGAUCGGCUGGAACUCGUGCUCGACUAUUUGCGGCGCAGAUACGCAUACUGCUUCUGGUGCGGUACACAGUAUAAUGAUGAGGAGGACAUGGCGACGAACUGCCCUGGGCCGGACGAGCAGGCACAUGAUUGA